AGCAGCAGCAGCAGCAGCAGCGCGGUCUGCAGACCCACCGAGGCUGACAGUCUGGCGGAGUGCCGAGGAGAGGCAGCAGGCAGCGGUGCUGGUGGCGGCAGAGAUGGGCUCACACCCCUGAAUCACAACUCAACCUCCACUUAUCUCCAGCAUCAUCUCAGAAACCUGGGACGACUUGUUUCUUCUUUUUCUUCUUCUUUUGAAAAGGAGGGCUUCUCGUUGUGUUUACGCUGCCAAACAAGGAGGAGGAGGGCAUUACAGUUCCAUUCCCUCUCGUCUCACCUGCACGACCGGUGAAGCGGUCUCACGCUGUGACAAUAAUGCAUCCAGAGAAGUACUUACCUGAACUGGUGUCCGAGAAAAACACCCUGGACCCCACCUUCGUGCACGCUGUUCGCCUGCUUGGAGAUGAGAUUGAAAAGCAUGAAGGGGAUGAUGUGAGAAAAGACGGAGACAUGAAGAAAUACCUUGAUAUCAUCAGCAAUAAAAAUAUCAAGCUCUCUGAAAGAGUCCUCAUUCCAAUCCAACAGUAUCCAAAGUUUAAUUUUGUCGGGAAGCUGCUGGGACCGCGGGGAAAUUCCAUGAAGCGAUUACAAGAGGAAACAGGGGUGAAGAUGUCCAUCCUCGGCAAAGGGUCUAUGAGGGAUAAAGGAAAGGAAGAAGAAUUAAGGAAAAGCGGGGAGGCCAAAUACGCCCAUCUGAGUAAUGAUCUUCAUGUUUUAAUUGAAGUCUUUGCUCCACCUGGAGAGGCCUAUUCCCGCAUGAGUCACGCCUUGGAGGAGAUUAAAAAAUUCCUUGUUCCAGACUACAAUGAUGAGAUCAGACAGGAGCAACUGAGAGAGCUCUCGCUGUUGAACGGCUCCGACGAGUCGAGCAGAGGGAGGACUGCACAGGGGAGGAGUGUACGACCAGCAAGCACAACAUCUACGAGGGGCCACAGAGGUACGGGAAGGAGCGCGGCAGCACCUCGGGGGACAGCAGCAGCAGCAGCAGCAGCAGCCACACACAGCAAAGUUCCUACAAAUGUUUUAACGAGGGAGGGACAAGCUCCGAGAGCCAGAGGGGCAGCAGGGAGUGCUGGAUACAGGCCCCCGCUGUUAGCAGUCACACAUGACUCAUAUGAAGACUAUGGCUACGAUGAUGGGUAUGGAGGAGAAUAUGAUGACGAGAGUUAUGAAGCCUAUGAGGACAACUACAGCAGUCAGUCUAAAAGCAUUUCAGAAUAUUAUGAAUACGGACACGGAACCAGUGAUGAAUCUUACAACAACUAUGAGGAGGAGUGGGCGACUUCCCGUCCCAGUCUCAAAGCCCCGAUUUUACGGCUGACAAGAGGGGGCUACAGGAAACAUCCCUAUGGUAGAUACUGAAGGUGCUCCAGAUAUGUGACCCCUGAUUACAAACUCUUUCUAUAUUUUUUAAAUUCCUCAUAAAAUGUUGUAACAUUUGCUUUAUUGUCCGUCUCCUUCAGACAUUGAAAUAAAUAGUAACCCCCGUAAAGCACAGAAAUCCACCAACCCUAACAUUACUGGAGUAUUCAGAUAUGUUUUAUUCAUCAAGGAUAAAGUCAAAGUUGAAAAAUACACAGUGAGAGACACUUGAAAAGAGAUACUGACUCAUGUGCGGUAAGGUUGUUUUCAAAAACUGGCUGUUAAAACGCCUUUCAUUCCACCUCUUCCCCCUCCAAAAAUGUAGUUAUUUCAGAUUUUUGACAUUAAACAGAAGACUUUCCUCAUUUAGUAUGUUUGGGGCUUUGACAUUGAGUUUCCAUGGAUUGCCUUUAAUGUAGAGUUUAUCAAGGUUUACCACCAAACUACUGCAACCACCCAACGCCUGCACAAUAUUCAGAACAACAGGGUUAUAUCUAAACUACAGAACACACCAAUUGUUACUGAGUCCCAAGAAACAAUGAUUUGCCUGUAGGGAGAACCAGUCAUUUUAGUAUAACAUUGUGAAAUGUUAUCAUGUUUGCAAAAUGUGUAAGCUUACGAGUCAACACCACUUGGUUUGGUCCAGGAAAGGAUCAUUGUUUGCAUUAAAAUAAGUAUGUUAUCAACUUAACUCAUCACACAGUACCUAAGUCACAGCCCAUUCAAACAGAGCAGCUUUGUAAUGGCCCAAAGUGUCAGAAUAAGACUCUUUAGGUACCCACUGAUCAUAUGUCCCUGAGCAUUUCUGUUUGGAUUUUGUCCCAGAGUCAGUUACAUAAUAUGAAAAUGGAAAAAGACAGCUUGGGGUUUCAAAUUAAUGGAAUUCAAAUCCAUGUGACAAGAGUCAAACUCCCAUGUGGAAGCCUUUUUUUAAUGACGUGACUGCUUUCUAAAUUUAGCACCAACAUAUGGUAUGAUAAUUGUGUCCAUAGGUGUUAAAUUAAACUUCAUUUUUUUUCUCUGCAGAUUUUUGCUCGUCCAAAAGUCAUAAAAUAUAAAUUGAUUGUCGGCAAGCUUUAUUCUGAAAGUCUAACCUUUACAUUUACUUCUCUGUUUUGUAACUCAGUCUUAAUACUUGGUCACCUGACUUUCAGUCCUUGACCAGCGCAGAAGCCUGGAGGCCAGAAAAGAGCUCAGUGAAAUUACAGCCUUAAUUGGACACUAUGGAGCUAAGGCAUGGGCUUGUUAAUUGCCCAUCUCUUUAGAAUGUGGUACAUUUACAUCACCUGGCAACCACAGAAAAUGGAUAUAUGAAAAUAAAUGUAAAGUUUCUCACAUUCGCAACCCUUAAACAGCAUAUGCUACACUAUUUCAGUCACCCAUGCCAGAACUUCACUUCGGAGAUGAUUACAUAUAUUAAGGCAAGAACUUUUCUCCUUACACUUCAACCACAAUGUAAGCCAAUUAAAGUCCAGGCAGCUAUAAGUAUAUUUGAUCCAGCAGGGUCAAUUAUGGUGAAGUUUGAGAUGUGGAGGGCAAGAAAUUCUUUAUCAACAAAGAUGUAUUUAAAAAAACGCCACAAAAUACUUUUUGGGAGAAAGACACGAGGCAUAGAGACCCAAACCUUUUUUUGUACUGGACUGUAAACAUAUUAAACUCUGCUCUGCUGUAGAUAUGAAGGCUAAUAGGAAGUCCUUGGCUUUUGUAGCUAGCCUCAAGUGGACACUCAAGGGACUGCAGCUUUUUUUUUUCUUUUAUUCUGCAGUGGCUUCACUUUUAAACCCCAGAGGUUGCCUCUUCAUUGUCUUUGCACAAAUGGUCAGCAUGGCCAGACUUGAUUCUCACGGCAUCACAUGAGGCAGUUUUAGAAGUAACACCGUGCUGUGUCUGUAAAGCAGUACUGCACCAAACAGCACAGAGAUCAUCAUUCCUCUUUAGGUCUGAUUUAUGUAGAGCACAUUUUACACUAAAAUGAUUUUACUUGUCAGCAUCAAAGAGCCAGUUGUCGAAGUUAUUAGUUUUGAACAGAGGGACAAAAAUUGAAUUCUGACAAUACAAUUUAAACCAAACAAAAGCCUUAUUUUAUCUCUCUUUAGUUCCCCUGCAGUUCCUGAAAUAUUCAUGUAUACUUGUAUACUUGUAUGUAUCAGGGAGACACAGCUUAUAUGCAGUGUUUUCUUUGGGGUUUCAUUCUUUGAAAGCACAUAAACAUUUCUCUCAUUUUAUAGUGAAAGAGAGGAAAACUGAGCACAAAACCUACUUAGCUUAUUGUAGGUCACCUAAAUUGCUUACACACUGGAUGAUUCUUUAACCAGCCAGAACUGCAGAGAAAAUGUGGAGCUCACUUCACAGUGGCUGUGGGCUCCAUGUGGAUUAAAUGAAUCUUUUCCAGACUGAAAAACCUCAAAACCGACUUUCUGAUACCCAGACUGCCUUUUUCACAACAAUUUUCCCCCCAAAUGUUCUCAUUCUGUGAUCCAGUAAAAAUAGAUCAAGGGUGGGUUUUGUAGCUCCUGCAAAUCAGUAUUUAUCUGCUGAAGCUUUUCCUUCAUGUAUGGCUCCAAAUGGGAUUUUAACUUGUUUUAACAUUUACAAAAAUCAUUAUUAAGGUAACAGACGGAGAGCCUCACGGUGCUGUGAGCACAAAUGACCGGAUAAACUUCAUUAAAGGCAACAGAUGGAAACUAUGGGGACACCUGAAUGAGACGUGACUAAAUAACUUCUGUUUUGUAAGAAUGUUUAAUGUUCAGAAAUCUUAUUCAGUCCCUAAAUUUACCCAUAACUGAUUGCUAAAUGAAACUCCAUGGUUUAAAUCCAUGGAGCUGAUACCACAGUCUAAAGUUAGCUUAUAGUGUGUGAGGUGGUAAUGGUGCAGACCACAGUUUUUGUUUGGGUUAAAAGCAAUCAGCAAUAUUCAGUGUGUAAUUUAUAACUCGUGCAUUGUUUUUGUGUGUAUUCUGUAUUUGUACAUAAAGCAUUUAAUAAAAAUGACAUAAACCUGAA